AUGAGUACUCUCAUCAUCUUCACAAUUCUAUGUACCAACCUAAUCAUCAACAGUUUUCCGACGACAGCUGUUUCAACCAUCAAAGUUGGGGACCAACUCAACCGCAAUUCUCAGCUUCUUUCCCACGAUAAAGUGUUCACGUUAGGGUUCUUCAACUUUCCGGACGCAAACUCCACUUAUUUAGGAAUUUGGGAAACCAACGAUGAACUAUCGUUCACCAACAAAGUAUGGGUAGCCAACCCAUCCAAACCGAUCAUACCCAGCUCUAGCAUCGUCCUCAUGAUCCAUCCUGACACCGGAAAAUUGAUCAUCGCCUCUGGUGAAACAACCCUUGUAAAUAUCUCCGAUAAUAAAUUCACUCCUGGUGAUAAUUUGACUGCAACUCUUUCAUCCACUGGUAAUUUCAAACUGAAGAACGAAACUGAUAACCAGACUCUAUGGCAGAGUUUUGAUUAUCCAACCAAUCUUCUUCUACCAGGUAUGAAAAUAGGGGUAAACAUUAAAACAGGUCAGAGCUGGAACCUAACUUCUCGGUUAAGAAUUGGUAACCCUGAUUUGGGUGCUUUUACUUUGAGCUGGGAACCCACUGACGAAGCAUCUCAGAGAUUUAUGAUUCGAAGACGUGGUCAACCCUACUGGACAAGUGGGAAUCUAAAUAAUCAAAUAUCACCGAAUAAAUUUGAAUUUCUUACUGUAGAUAAUGGAUACCCUUAUAAUGUUAGUUAUGUAUACAACAAUGAUGAGAGAUACUUCACUAUCCAUGCUAAUUUAAGCGUAAGUUUUAGUGAUUGUAUGAUGAGGUGUUGGGAUGAUUGCAGCUGUCUGGCGAUUAACACACAAGAAAAUGGAACCAACUGCGUUACAUGGCAUGGACCCAAAUCAACAAAGUUUAAAAUAAACCAGGCAGAUACUUCUGAGCGGAAGUAUGUGUUAGAGUCUCAACACCCGAGUAAAGCUACUACACACAUAUGGGCACCUAUUGUUGCUGGGAUAGGAUUCUUCUACUUUCGAUCUGCUUCGGACUAUUGUGGUAUCUUAAGAAGAGAAAUCUUAGACUCAAAGCUGAGGAGAGACGAAGAAGAGAUGACGAAUAUAUUAUUGGGCUGA